AUGUGGAAAGCUCUCGUCUUGCUCGCCCUCUGUACUCACAGCCUUGCGGCUGUCUUGGAAGCUCGCACGGAUGUCAACCUGAACAAACGAUGCUCGGCCAGUUCCACAUUUCCUAGUCCCUCAUCUACCGUCUCCAGCAGCUCUCCGAUUACUGUAGCCGCUGGUGCUACAUACGAUGGUGGAAACAAGCGCUUCGAUAGAGGCUCUGGUGCAUGUACAGGCGAUGCGGAGGGUGGUGACGCUGACGCUGUCUUCAUUGUCAAAGCCGGAGGAACAUUGAAGAAUGUCGUUAUUGGGAAGAAUCAAGCAGAAGGAAUUCAUUGCACAGGAUAUUGCACACUGCAGAACGUUUGGUUCGAGGAUGUGUGCGAGGAUGCCAUCACAAUCAAAGGCGACACUGCCGGGCAAGUCUCUCAAAUCAUAGGGGGCGGCGCGCUCAAAGCAUCUGACAAGAUUAUUCAACACAACGGCUGUGGUACCGUCAAGAUCACAAACUUUUAUGCCCGCACGUAUGGCAAGGUCUACCGCUCUUGUGGCAACCGAAAGGUCAUUGUCAGCGGUGUCGAGGCUCGCGACGGGAAUGAAAUUGUGGGUAUUAAUAAGAACUACGGGGACACUGCGAGUAUCAGCAAUGCCUGCUACGACACUGCGCACCCCUGCGUGAUCUACGACGGCAACUCUACCGGUGCUGAGCCUAAGAAGGUUGGCUACUGCUAG